AUGAAUGCCUUCUUCCUGAAGGAAUUAACUAAAUACCAACCAAUUAGCGAAGAUUUGAGUGUUACAAGGAAUUCUAUGCGUUUCCGAGGUAUUGAUGGAUUUAUUGCUGCUGUUAGUCCUUUCAACUUUACCGCUAUUGGUGGUAAUUUGGCCUAUACACCAGCUUUAUGUUGACUGUUUUAGGGCAAUGGUGUAUUAUGGAAACCAUCAGAUACAGCUUUACUGUCAAAUUGGAUCAUAUUCAAGAUCAUGCGUGAGGCUGGUCUUCCACCAGGUGUUGUCAACUUUAUCCCUUGUGAUGGUCCUGUAUUUGGUGACACUGUCACUGCCUCUCCUCAUUUAGCUGGCAUUAACUUCACAGGAUCAGUACCUACUUUCAAUCGUUUGUGGACUCAAGUGGGUCAAAACAUUAACUCAUACAUCAACUUCCCACGUUUGAUUGGAGAGUGUGGUGGUAAGAAUUACCACUUUGUUCACCCAUCAGCCGAUGUAGCAUCUGUAGUGGCUGGAACCAUUAGAUCAGCAUUUGAGUUCUGCGGACAGAAGUGCUCAGCAUGCUCUCGUGCCUACAUACCUGAAUCUCUGUGGCCAAAGAUCAAACAAGGUCUUCUCUGCACCAGAGACACAUUGAAAGUAGGUGAUCCCAAAGAAUAUGAUACAUUUAUGGCAGCCGUUAUUGAUGAGAAGGCUUACUGCAGAAUAAAGGGUUACAUAGACCAUGCUUGCAAAUCAGAACAUGUAGAAGUACUGGCUGGUGGUAGAUGUGAUGAUAGCACCGGCUAUUUCAUUGAGCCUACCAUUGUGCAAACCAAGGAUCCCUACGAUAAGCUGAUGACUGAAGAAAUAUUUGGCCCUGUGUUGUGCAUUUAUGUAUACCCGACAAAAUGUGGAAAAACCUUGCAGUUAGUAGGAACUUCCACCAAAUUUGCUCUGACUGGAGCUGUAUUUGCUAAGGAUGAGGCAUUCUUGAAACAUGCUUUAGAAGAAUUGAAAAUGACAGCUGGCAACUUUUAUCUUAACGAUAAAUCUACUGGAUCUGUUGUUGGACAGCAGCCAUUUGGUGGUGGUAGAAUGUCAGGUACUAAUGACAAGGCUGGUGGUCCCCAUUAUGUCUUGCGCUGGACUACUCCUCAAUCUAUCAAGGAGAUUGUUCCAAUCACAUGUGUCGACUAUCCAUACAUGAGAGAAUAAGCUGCCAAAUCCCCCCCAAAGCACCCACACCAUAACAAUAAUUCAAUGGACACUAAACCAAAGAUGCGUGUUACAAAUACUCUGUUCAAGAUCUCGAUCAUAAAAUUUGCACACAGUCCGGUUCACUUUUGAUUUCUAUUAUUCAGUAACUAUUUUAUCUUUACCGCGCACUUGGAAAAUAACAGGUGAAUCAAAGAAAUUGAUUUUAGUAAUUAUUUUUCUUGUUAUAUAAAUAAAAGAAUAUUAUAGUAACAUUUUGUCCAUUAAAAAUAUUAAUUUUACCUAGGAAGCAAUAUCAAGUAUUCAUUCAAGUCAAAUUUGAAGACAUUUAUUAA